GAAAAGCACUAUUUACCAUUAACAUUUUGCUUGUUCCAGCACACCCGCCCUCAUAAUAUCAAACGACAAGCGCCUUUAAGUCUCAUUGGAAACAGCAAUUAUGGCUCUGUUAAUAGCAUUUCUUUCCCAACCCGCUAGCCCUUUAUACACUACGUGCUGGCUCUUUGCCUUGGUUUGGGUUUCGCUUUCAACUUAUAAUCCAAAAAUCAUUCUCUCUCUGAAAUUUUCAUCGAUUGGCAAUGGCGAGAACGAGCAACAAGAACAUACAAGCCAAGCUGGUACUUCUUGGGGAUAUGGGCACUGGAAAGACAAGUUUGGUGUUGAGAUUUGUCAAAGGCCAAUUUUUCGAUUUCCAGGAAUCAACAAUUGGAGCGGCCUUUUUCACUCAGGUUUUGUCACUAAAUGAGGCCACCGUAAAGUUUGAUAUAUGGGAUACAGCAGGGCAGGAAAGAUAUCAUAGCUUGGCUCCCAUGUACUACCGCGGUGCAGCUGCUGCUGUUGUGGUCUAUGAUAUCACAAGCAUGGAAUCAUUUGAACGCGCCAAAAAAUGGGUUCUAGAAUUACAAAGACAAGGUAAUCCAAAUUUGAUAAUGUUCUUGGCGGCAAACAAAGCUGACUUGGAAGAGAAGAGAAAAGUUGCAAGUGAGGAAGGUGAGCAAUAUGCUAAAGAAAAUGGCUUGGUUUUUCUUGAAACGUCUGCAAAAACUGCACAGAAUGUGAAUGAGCUCUUUUAUGAAAUAGCUAAGAAAUUGGUAAAAGCUGCACCUUUACGUCCAACUGGAAUGAAAUUGCAUACCAGACAGCAAGAAAGUGGAAGAAGAAUGCUCUGUUGCUCUUAAUGAAUGACAAUAGUGAUAAUUGUCAUCUGCUUGAUUUCCUUAACUAUUUUUGAGGAUGUUGGUGUAUGAGAUUGGAAUGAAUUGUGGUUCAUCAGCAUUGAAGAUUAAGCUGCUCAGCUCUCUGCAGAAUGCAAUUCUUGCGAAAGUCUGUUGUUUCAUCAAUGUAUAUUGUUACUGCUCGAAUACAAAUGCAUUGUGACAUUAACAAACACUUAACAUGCUCAACUAUAUGCAAGAAAGCUAUUGAACUUGAAAUGAAAGAACAAAACUUUGAUUUGUUUAAA